CAGUCCAUCAUCUCUGCCUUUUUAGUUUUCGAGCAUCAAAAUAUCUGCCUUUUUAGUUUUCGAGCAUCAAAACAAACACAAACACAAACACAUCCAUCCAUGGAGGAGGAGAAGUGCUGAUGAUGGAGGAGUCGGCGUGCAACGGCGGCCACCAGCUCCCAGUUCCGUCAGAGCAAGAGCAGCAGCAUCAGCUUCCUCUUGGAGCGGGGGGAGCAACGUCGUCUCCGAAUGCGAAUUUCAUUGGAGGAAAGCAUCGGAUGGCAGCGGCAGUGGCCCACCUUCAUCAACAAAUCCAAAUCGUUCAGGAAGAGCUGCAGGAGCUCGAGACGUUAGGCGAAUCAUCUCUUGUUUGCAAAGACGUUGUUUCAACAGUUGAGUCUAUUCCAGAUGCUCUGCUUCCUGUGACAAAGGGUCCGGCCAGUGUCAGCUGGGACUGGUGGUUCCAGGGAGCCCAUGUCUCACGCGGUGGCGGCCGGAAACGGUGGAUAUGAAGUGGCCAUGAAGCUAGCCAAUAAUGGCAGGAGCUGGUUACAAAUGCUUCUGUUGGAUUAACCCUCUUUUUAUGGCCAGAAUUGGUUAUAUAUUUGGACAUGAGAUUUGUUUGUAUGCUCGUGUGCAUUGCAUAACAUUAGUUACUCAAAUGAACACUAUAAAUGUAGAGAAUAAAUAUGCCAACUGCUUGGAAAGAGAGACUACUUUGAAAUCAAUUGCAUAUCCUCCCAAUUUCACCUUACAA